GGCGCCCUCGCAGAAGCACUGCGCAUGCGAAUCCCGCCGAGGCCGGGUGGGGCGGCUGGGUGGGAGCACGGACCCCGCCCCUUCGCGACUCCACGCGUGACGUCGCGGGGGGCGCCGGCCUCCGCCCGGCUGCUAGCGGCUCUUCCCGGAGGCUCAGACCCCUCUGCUCCCCAUGGGCAGCUGCCAGGCAGGGCACUACCUGCAUUUCUGCCUGGCCCACCACCCACCUCUGGUCUGUGCCACUUUGAUCCUGCUGCUUCUUGGCCUUUCUGGCCUGGGUCUUGGUGGUUUCCUCCUCACCCACAGAACUGACCUGCGCAGCCCUGACAUCCCCCAGGACUGGGUCUCCUUCUUGAGAUCUUUUGGCCAGCUGACCUUGUGCCCCGUGAAUGGGACAGUCACAGGGAAGGGGCGUGGGUCUCAUAUCGUGGGCUUACUGACCACCUUGAACUUUGGAGAUGGUCCAGACAGAAACAAGACCCAGACAUUCCAAGCCCAGGUCCAGGGUAGUCGGAUGGGAUUGAAAGGAUCUUUUGCAAGAGAGCUGGUCCUCGUUACAGCCAGAGUGACCACAGAAAGGACCCCAGGAAUCUGCCUGUAUUUUAGUGCUAUUCCAGAAAUCCUGCCCUCCAGCCAGCCACCGAUACCCUGCUCAGAGGAGGGAGCAGGAAAUGCCACCCUGAGCCCUAGAAUGUCUGAGGAGUGUGUCAGUGUCUGGAGCCACGAAGGUCUUGUGCUCACCAAGUUGCUCACCUCGGUGUGGAUCAACUUCUUGGGACUUGAUUCUGAGUUGGAAGAGAUGUUACAAAAAGUGGAGAGCUGGAAUGUGGGAGGAAAUAAAAGGCUUUUUUGCUCAGUGUUUUCCGGGGUGUUGAUUGGGGGUUGGAUUGAGGUGGGAAUUUUAGGGUAGGAAGGCUAGGGAGGUUUGGGGUAUUUUUCCUUGUUGACUCUUUAGGUUAGGGAACAGGUUUAAGGCAUAGAUGACUGCAGUUCUUGAGUGUGGUCGUGGAAAUGGAUUGACAUAAAUGCAGUGUGACCUUGUGCAGGUCAUGGUGCUGUGAAAGGCCUCAGUCUCCUGAUGGGAUUUGAGUUUUCCUAGCAAAGAUUCCUCGAACUUGGGAGCCCACGCCCAGGCUGGGUAGUUACUAACCAGGACAGUCCGUUUUCCCGCCUUUCCCGCGCCCAGCGGCAGUCUUCCCUUACCCCUCCCAACCUCUACCCUGCACGCAGGCGCAGAUCACGGCUUCUCAUUUCCUUCCACCCGCGCCCCCUCAAAGCUUCCCCUAGCAACAAGCUCGGGCUCCGCGCAAAGGCGGGGCGAACGCAUGCGCCGCAUCUCUUUCCACCACCAGUUGUCGGACAGCGCGCUGGUCUCCUCCCUCUCUAAGACUAACCCUUCUCCCCGCCUCUUCCCACCCAGGGUCCGCGUGGCGGGGCGCGCGCGCACUCUGGCUGGGCUGCUGCCCAGCUCUCUGGCAGCAGCGGUAAGGGGCGAGGGGCGGGGCUGUUUCCUUUGGGGCCCCGCCCCCCUUGGCCCGGCGUCCUUACCGCGCUUGCGCGCUCCCGCCCGGUCUCCAUCUUGGAAUUGGGAGGAAGAGGGAGAGGGAGACCGGGACGAGACCAGGGCUGUGGUGCGGAGAGAGGCUGAGACUGAGAAGAGGAGAGGGAGAGAGAGCACGGGGACCGCCCUUCGCUACAAUCUUUCAGCUAUCCUCGGGAGAGAGAAGGGGAAAGGGAGGGGGCUGGGGCGGGAGUGGGGGCUGUCACCCUCGGACCCCGGCGUGAGAGGGGCCGUGCGGUCGGACGUCCUCGGGUAGGCCCCCUGUCGGUGGCCGAAGACCUGGGGCUCAGUCCCC